CACAGAACAGGAGUGGGAACUCAAGCCCGUUCGUGUCUUUCAGAUUUGAUUAAUCCUACAUACGGUUCAAGGCUAGAUUAGUUUAGUUCGUUAGCUGUUAAUGGGGAAGCAUCCGAAAUUACCGGGCGUCAGUGAAGAAAUCCAGAAGCUUCUGGAUGCUGAUAUGGACUUGGUAGACGCCAGGCGCAGAGCGCGGGAGGCGUUUAAGGAUACCCAGCUCUCUAUUGAUCAUUUCUUGUUCAAGGGCCCACAUUCCGAGUUAAAGAUGGAGGAGUCGUACGAGAAAAACUCAAGAGGGGUGGAGAUUUUCUCCAAGAGUUGGAUUCCGGCGACAAGUCCUCCCAAAGCAUUGAUUUGUUUGUGUCAUGGUUACGGAGAUACUUGUACAUUCUUUGUGGAAGGCAUUGCUAGGAAGCUGGCAUCUUCUGGUUAUGGAGUACUCGCCAUGGAUUAUCCUGGUUUCGGUCUCUCAGAAGGCCUUCAUGGCUACGUGCCGAGUUUCGACAAGCUAGUUGAUGAUGUCAUUGAGCAUUACUCCAAAGUUAAAGAAAACGUAAACUGGCGCACAUUGCCAAGCUUCCUAUUUGGACAAUCUAUGGGAGGAGCGGUUGCUCUCAAGGUGCACCUGAAGCAACCUGGUGCAUGGAGUGGGGCUGUUCUUGUUGCACCUAUGUGUAAGAUUGCAGAUGAUAUGGUGCCACCGAGGCUAUUGACGUGUAUACUCAUUUGGGUGUCAAAGUUUCUUCCAAAACAGAAGCUGGUUCCUCAAACAGACUUGGCUAAAUUGGCAUUUAGAGAUGCAAAGAAGAGAGAGCAGGCUGCCUAUAAUGUCAUUGCUUACAAACAUAAACCGCGCUUGGGGACUGCCGUGCAACUAUUAAAGACUAGUCAAGAAAUCGAAAACUUACUAGAAAAGGUGUCUCUGCCCUUGCUGAUUUUGCAUGGGAAGAAUGAUAAAGUAACAGAUCCAUCAGUAAGCCAAGCACUGUAUGAGAAGGCAAGCAGCCAAGACAAGAAACUAAACCUUUAUGAAGAUGCUUGGCAUUCCCUUCUCGAGGGCGAGCCCGAUGAGAUGAUUCACAGAGUUAUCACUGACAUUCUUUCUUGGCUUGAUGAACAUACACAUACAUAGUUCUACAUGUUACUACCUAUGUGAAUCAAACCGAUACAAUCAUACAAACACGCCCGGUGUGUGUGUUCCAUUUAAGGGUAUAGUUUGGGUUGAGAUGGCUCGUAUGGUUGAUGUUAUAGUACACUUGAGGGUGUUUGGGAGUGUUUUUGGAGAUUGAUUCUCAGUUUAUAGGGCACCCAUUGCACCCAAAUUUGUGGCGGAAAAAUUUGUUUUUGUUGAAAGCGAAAACACUCUCAAACACCCUCAAUGUAGAGUUGGUUCUAUGGACACAUUGUUAGGUCACUAGCAAAAACAUCCUUCUUGUGUGUUUGAGGAUUUAUCUCUGGUGGAACUUGAACAUCUGGGGUUUACAUUUGUAUGAUUAUAUCAUGAAACUUUUUAAUUGGUAUUGUGGAAUGUAAUGCUCUAAAUGAGGUCUUUUGGAAAUAAUUUCUUUAUCCUUGG